AACCAAGGAAGGUUUGAACGGAUUAAAUAUGAGGAAUCAAGCGGGAAAGCCCGUCCCACAGAUGAAAUUUACUGGUUGUGCUGGCAGUUGUAGAUUGUUACACACACGGGCACCUACGUACAUAGACCUUCCCAAACUGCCAAAUUAAAGGAGAUAUGUCGGAUAUCCAGGUACUGUAGGUAUCUAGUAACGUUCAGCUACCCCGCUAUCCCACCUUUGAUCAGAUCCUCAAGGUAGGACUGGAAAGCACUCCCGAGAUAGCAUCGGAACAUUAUUCAGCAUUAACCCUUGUCGUCUAAUUAUUGCCUAUUUAAAAGAAGUUAAGUUUCCUGAAGACUUCACGGCUUCCUACCACACUUCCAGUGCCAUCGUUCCUGUUCGCCUUUAGAGUUCCCGUACGCUAUAGAUCAACACCCAAUAUGACUUCACAACCCUUUACCAUUAGGUGGGGCAUUAUGGCCACCGGUGGCAUCGCUCAGACCUUCACCAAAGACCUACUCAACAACCCCGCAACUCGUGAUGUCCACGAUGUCGCUCACAAAGUGGUGGCCGUCGCCUCGUCAUCAUCCAAAGCGAGCGCCGAAUCUUUUCUAGAGAAGGUGAAAGCCCCAGCUGGCGCAAAGGCGUACGGUUCUUACGCCGAGCUGGUAAAUGACCCAGACGUCGAAAUCGUUUACGUCGCAACGCCCCACAGCCAUCACUUCCAGAACGCUAUGUUGGCCUUAGAAGCCGGCAAGAACGUUUUAUGUGAGAAGGCUCUUACUGUGAACGCCGCCCAGGCGCGGAAGCUCGUUGAGACUGCUAAAGCCAAGAAUCUAUUCUUUAUGGAAGCUGUCUGGACACGAUUCUUCCCUCUUAGCAUCAAGAUUCGGGAGCUGGUGUCGUCCGGAUUUAUUGGACCUGUGUAUCGAGUUAUUGCCGACAACUCGUUUGGCAAUGACGGACCUAACGGUACCCUAACCUUCCCAAAUGAACACCGGAUGGUGAAUCUAGAUCUAGCAGGUGGUGCAUUGCUAGAUUUGGGCAUCUACUCCCUAACGUGGCUGUUCCAGUUCUUAUACCAUCUCCAACCCGAAGCGGAAAAGGAGGUACCGAGAACUAUAGCGGCCAUGAACAAGUAUAGCACGGGAGCUGAUGAGAUGACCAACAUCAUCCUCCAGUUCUCGAAACACAAGAGCAUGGGACUUGCCAUGACUAACAUGCGAGUUCCCACUGAUAUCGACGGACAUAAUAGCGCUGGACCCGCUAUUAGAAUUCAAGGUCCCAAGGGUGAAAUCCAAGUAAUGGGUCCAGCCUACCGCCCUCAACAGUACAAGAUUAUCAAGUCAGACGCGAAAGGCAAGGUUGAGGUCGUCAACUACCCUAUACCGCAGGACCCAGAGCGACAAUGGGGUCAUGGAAUGUUCUGGGAAGCAGACGAAUGCGCUAGGUGCAUCCGGGACGGCAAGAAGGAGAGUGCUACUCUGCCCUGGUCCGAGAGCAUCGUCAUCAUGGAGGUCAUGGAGGAAGCUCUGAAGCAGGGAGACAUCAAGUACCCCGAGCUGAUCACGACCGACGUGUUCGACCCAAAGAGUCCCCUAAACACCGGCGGUAAAUAAAAAGUCAUUCAUAGACGGCUAUCAGAGUUCGAGAAUCGGGGGGUAAUGCUAGCAACAGUAGACAGAUAUCGCUAGUAAUAAUACCCAACAGCAUUCUAGCACCGGCUGAGAUCUAAUACACAUAUUGAACUUCUGAUGGCCACUUACACGAAUUACGUGCCCUAGAAACAUUCCUUACGAUUCAAUAUUACUUUUGUUCUACAAACCAC